AUGAGGCCAAUUCUUGCUCAAUUUCUGGCCAGACGAUAUGAAAGCGUGAAGUCUGAAAAUCCUGGAAAACAGCGUCGAUACUGGCAGCUUCGCGUUUUACGUGAGUUUUGGGCCUCUAAUUCAACAAACCCAGGGGAACAUGAACCGACUGAGUCCCCCUCUGAAUCUGUGAUGAAUAUUUUUACUCAAGACGAUGACCCAUACGAUGAGAUUCUAUCGGAUGUCAUUGGAGGCAUUGUCAUACGGACAGAUUUUUCGAAUGAGGAGGCAUGGAAUGCAUUCUCUACCAGAUUGAAAGCAGCCGAGGACGAGAUUUCCGAUGGUGGGCAAGAUACCACAGAAGCAGGACCUUCAUCUGUAGAAGGAUCCGCGCCUACGCAAGUCACAGAUGUUGACAUGGAGGACGGAAAUGAUAGCGACGACUCAGAAGAAGAAAACGUGGAUGGAAAACUCAUCAAGAUCAUUAACCCUACCCAGCCAGAACAACGCGCGAUCUUCCAGAACAUAUCAAAUAUACGUGCCCUGCGUCUUUUCAAUGAUGUGGACAUUAGGCCUGCUCCUCCUGUACCAUCUGGACACAAACGAUUCUCCCCUCCCCAUCCUCUCGUUGAUUACGCCGGAUGGCAGGAAAUUUACACGGGAGUUACGCUCUGGGUGUAUGAUUCUACAUCAAACAUAGAUCAAUCCGCGAGGCUGAUCAGCGCAGAAGGGGACAUCUAUGGCACAGCUACAGGCGACAGUUGGCGGGCUCAAGUGUCUCAUAUACCCGAUCUUCAACUCAAUAUGACAUUCGAACACAUGAAAAUCAAUUUUGGAGGAAUGGAUCGGUGGGAUUACUCCGAAAGAAAACGCAACUUGGCAGAAGCUGAGAUGCUCGAGUCUUGAUAGAGUUUUGCGUAUCUCUAUACGUAUCUUUCCGUUUUCAUGCCAAGGAUGUCGGUAGUCGAAUGGCUGCUCAUAUCCCUGAUCAAUUUUUACUUGCAUUUAACCCACUGUUUUAGCGCGUCGCACACGAUAGUCUUGGCAGCUUGGACGGUCGGUCAAAGUGAGGUGUCUCCGGUAACAUUUUUUCUUCCGGAACAGGAUGUUGAUCUCUCACCUCUGUUCCGUUUCUCAUCUUGGUUGUCUUGGGUCGUCAAAGAUCUGGUAUGGGUACUCUACUACCGUUCUCUCGGGAAGAGAGCGUUGUUUUGGGUGUUGUCUGUCCGAAAAUAUGGUUCUCCAUUCCACGAUGGCGUGUUCAAUCCUUGACUGGCUCAAUCAUGUAGAUAAUUAUGAACUUCAUCGACGAACAAAACUUCAAAAACCUGAG